GGCUCCUCAGGUUGAUGACGUCGCAGAACAACAAAGAUGGCGGGCAUAGGAAGCAGCAACUACUGGGAGGAUCUGCGAAAGCAGGCAAGACAGCUGGAGAAUGAGCUUGACCUGAAGCUGGUCUCCUUCAGUAAACUGUGCACCAGCUACAGCAGCUCCAGGGAUGGGCGUCGAGGAGACACUUCGGACACCACUCCGCUACUAAAUAACUCUACCCAGGACAGGAUGUUUGACACCAUGUCAGUGGAGAUUGAACAGCUGCUGGGCAAACUGACUGCUGUGAAUGAUAAGAUGGCGGAGUACACGAACACACCGGGUACAGCUUCACUCAAUGCUGCACUCAUGCACACCCUCCAGAGACACAGAGACAUUCUGCAGGAUUACACGCACGAAUUCCACAAAACCAAAGGCAACUUUUUGGCCAUCCGAGAAAGGGAAGACCUUUUAGGAUCUGUCAGGAAAGACAUUGAAACAUACAAAAGUGGCUCUGGGGUCAACAACAGAAGAACAGAGCUGUUUCUAAAGGAGCACGAGCACCUCAGAAACUCAGACCGUCUGAUGGAUGACACUAUAAGCAUUGCCAUGGCAACCAAGGAGAACAUGACCUCCCAAAGGGGGUUCCUGAAAUCCAUUCAGACCAGAGUCAACACGCUGGCCAAUCGUUUCCCAGGUAUCAACAAUCUCAUUCAGCGAAUCAACCUGAGAAAGAGAAGGGACUCUCUCAUCCUUGGCACUGUGAUUGGUGUCUGCACCAUUCUUCUCCUCCUCUACGCUUUUCACUGAGGACAUGGCAAGAUUGAUACUUUUGAAGGCGUGAGAUUAAUAUGCUCUAUGUAGCGUGGGACCCCUUCUCCCUCCCCCCAUGGAGACUUAGCUCACUGAUCGGAGGACCAUAGCGUUUCCAGAGCAGAAGGACAUUCAGGUGGUCCAGAUCUGGAACAGGAUGAGUCGGCCAGCAAGUUGCUACUACACCCUAAGUGGGGCCCAUCAUCAGCUAUCGUAUCAUUUUCUUUUCUUCAAACAGUGGGGACAGAUGGGGACCUGGUGGUUGGGUGUUCUCCUGCCAACAAGUGAACGGAGACCAAAAGUACAAAUAAGACCAGAUUUGACCAGAAUAAAAAUAAUUAUAAGACUCGCCGAGAAAGAAAUCUCUUGAAGGUGUGAAGAGAUUGGGAGGCUCCGUGAUGCAUCAUUUUGAAUCGUUCUUUUUAAUUGUUGGAGUGGGAUGGAUAGUUCAUCUGGGGUUGUAAAAUGUGAAUCAAUAAAUUAUUCUUAUCAGUAUGUGUUUAAAACAGUCUUUGAGCCGUCAUAUUUUCCGGGUAAGGUUGUAUAGGAGGUGGAUGGAGAGUGGUUGAAGCAACUGAUGUUGUCCUUGAUCAGCUCCAUUUUUGGAUUUGUACAUUUAUUUACAUUUAGAAGAAUAAAUCACUGUUGACAAAGAAAUAACAGACAUCUAUUCUAGAAGUGGAUUCAUCAUUAAAGUGAAAUCAAAACUGAACAUAAACUACUUUUUUUUUUUUUGUAUAAUGUAAAUGUAUCUCAUUGGUCCUGAAUAAUGUUUGUGGACUUGUUUCAGUAAGAAUGCGACAAACAUUUUUAGUUCCUUUCUUUCUCUUUAAAGGUCCUAAAGCACCCUCAAAACAUACACUAAUGACCAGUCAAUAAUGUCUUUAUGUCUCAUUGGGUUAAACUAUGGGCUAUAAGACGAGAAUCUAUUCAAGAUUAAACCAGCCAUCAGUUUAAGUGAUGUUUUAAAUCUUUGUUUUUAACAUUUAGUCAUCAUCUUGGACUUUUUGGAGAAAGAAGUCACCUCAUUUUUAAAAGAUUGUGGAAUUAGGGAACACAAUACAUAUAUUUGAUGUCUCAUAUCUGUUAAAUCAUAGUUAAUUCAGAAGAAGUAGGUCUAAAUAUUUUUAUUUUUUUUAAAUACAAUAAAAUAAAUAGAUCAAUUUUGAGAAGAGGUGUUGAAUGGAGAGACUGUUGGAGAGGGUGAUGUUUUGGAGCAAGUAGUGAAUCUAAUCACAGGCAACAGAAUAAUUGAAAAUAUGGAGUGCAGUGCAGCUGUAUGGAUGUGUUUAACGUGGAGCCUGAUCACAACUGGAGAGCUGUUAAGAGUUGUCUGAGCUGUACAAGGUAAAGGCAGUUAUAACACUCUUCACAAAGUCAUCUGUAAUAAACAUCUUGGCUGACUACUCUAAAGAGUUGUACACUGUCUUAAACAGAGCAGUGUCCAUUCUUGUGUGCAAAAAAACCAUGUCUGAUGAGCUGAUGCGAAAGAUUUUAUCAUUUUCACAUUUCAUAGUGUUGUGUACUGAGUACACCCUUUGUCAAUUGUCAUUUUAUUUAGUUUCAUGUGUGUUUGAAGGUGGGGGCAUAUGCAUCAACUGAGGGGAAAAUUAUUACAAAAAGUUAAUUCAAUGAAAUUGGAAGUGGAGAUUGAGAGCAAGGCAGCCGUGUGAGAAACAUCAAUGUGCUUUUCUCUCACUGCAUCAGGCUGGUUGACUGGAAUCCAAAUAAAAGAAGUCCACUUUUAUCCACUGAAGUGGAUAAAUUUAGUUUCUUGUCCUGAUCUCUUGCUGUCUGAUUCCUUCUGCAUAGAAAAAAGAAACACCCUAAAAGACUGUUUUAAAAAAAAA